AUGGCGAUUGCGUUCGCUCUGCCCAACUCCCACAGCGACAGCAGCAGUACAGGAGAAGUGUCCUUUCCUUUUCCCUCCUCCUCCUCCUCCUCCCACGCCCACCACCAAACCCCCGACCAAACCCCGUCAUUCCCCUCCCGCGCGUCUCACCACCCCCCCAGGUCCCACCUCCCCUCAGCUUCAGUAGACCUCGACCCCAGAUCGCACCUCCCCUGGAACCAGCCGCCUGACGCCUCCCCCAUGAGCCUCGCAGGCUGGUUCCCCUCCUCCUCCUCCUACCAGGAACCUUCCGAGCACUCAAGUGAGGGAGGAGGGGGGAUGGGGGAGGGGGAGGCGGGGCUGGGCGGGGUUGCUCCGCGGACCCCCCCCAAGCGCACCGUUUCGGGGGUUGAUCCGCGGACGAGCAGCCGCGUGUCCCCAGAGAAGUGGGGGAAUGGGGGGAUAGGGGGAGCUGGGGGGGAAGGGGCGGGCGGAGGGUCGGGGGGACUGCAAGGGCGGGGAGGAGAGGUGGGAAGGGGUUCGGGAAGGUGGAGAACGAUAGGUGUACCGGCCAGCAGGAGCGAGGAGGCGUCUGAGGGCGCUCAGAGGAUCAGCGUGGGGGCGGGGAGAGGCGCACCAGAGCGACCUGCCACUGCCGCCCCUGCUCCUUCCGCCUCUGCCUACGCUGCUGAACGCGCUGCUGACGCUGCUGACCGUGCCACCGCUGCUGCGGCUGCGGCGGCUGCUGCUGCGUCUGGAGGUGCAGGCAUGGAUGGUGCUAGCACCCCCCGGCAGCGGCUAUUCAACCGGGCUAACAGCGACCCUGAGCCUAGAUCGCCGGGGGACCCGCGCCCCAACACCAGCAGCGGCGCGCUUGGGGGGCCUGCAGGCAGGGGGGAUGGCGGAGGCGGAGGCGGAGGGGGGCGGGGGGGUGGGGAGUCGUCACUGGCGCGGCAGGUGCUGAGCAAGUGGCGGCACAAGAUAGACUCGCGGCGCCCUGGCACCCCCCCCACCGUGCCCAAGAAAGACUUUCCCCCGCGCCCCCAUGCCCCAGGGGAGAACCACCACCAGCACCAGCAGCACUCGCAGCAGCAGCAGCAUGGCAGUAACAGUAGGUUGAUGGCAGGGGGUGGGGCGGGUGAGGGAGGGGGCGGGGCAGGUGCUGCUUCGGGGGAGCUGUGGGGCGGCAGUGGGCGGCCUUUGUCAGCUGCUUCCCGCACGUCGUCCAACAUAGAGGGCAUGCUGCGCGGAGGGGAGGGGGGCGCGGGGAGGCGCUUGCAGAAUGUGCGGAUGCUUGGAAAGGGGGGAGGCGCAGGGGGAGGGGGAGGAGAAGGAGGGGCGGAUGUGAUGCAGGUGUGGGGGGGGGAGGAGAGCGAGGGGGAGGACGGUGUUUCUGCUGCUGGAAGUGUUGCUGGUGGUGGUGGUGCACAUGGGAGAGAGGAGAGGGGGGCAGCAGCGGCCCCCCAUGGCGCUGGUCCGCGGGGGGGCGCUGCCCCAGGGGCAGGGCGGGGGCACCAGCGGCGCAUGUCAUGGCAGCAACCCAUGGAGCAGCGCGAGCAGCAGCAGCAGCAGCAGUCGCAGGUGUGGCAGAACCAAGGGGAGAUGGAUGGCGGACAGAAGAGCGCAGGGCAGCAGCGGGUGCCAGGAGUGGGGAGAGGGGAGGGGGGUAUGGGCGGAAGGGCAGGGCCAGGGGGGAGAAUGGGGGGUAGAGGGCGGGGAGGUGGAGGGGCAGGCGGGGAGGGGAUGGGGGGAGGAAGGGGAGUGGGGGGAGGCGAGGUGGGGGGGGCGGCGGGCAGUGUGGAUGAGGGGUAUGGGGAGGAACGGCGGGGGCGGGAGAGGUAUGGGGGGCAGAAGGGUGGCGGGGGGGACUCGUCCCCCGUGGAGAACGCUGCAAAGAACAUUGUGUCUAAAUGGCGCAAGUUCGUUAAAUCCUCUGUUAUCCUAUUCAGUACUCGUCUGUCCGUCAUCCACUCUCCCUCACCCCAUUACUCUAUCUGCUGCCGACUCGCCGUCCCCACCCACCUUCUUCCCAACCGACUCCCCCGACCACUCCCCCCCUGGCAGCAGAGUGGCAGUGAAGCGCGCCUGCAGAGGCGCUUCUCAGACAAGUCCCGCGCCCCCCUCCCCCCCCACGCUGCCCGCAACUCCACCCCUCCUCGCCUCGCCCCCCCUGCGCCCUCCGCCCCGCACCACUCCUCUCUCCGCCCCUCCUCCCCCUCCCUACGCUCUUCCUCCCCCUCCCUACGCCCGUCCUCCCCGUCCCUCCGCUCCUCCGCCCCCUCCCUCCGCCCUCCAUCCCCUUCCCCACGCUCCCCUUCCCCGUCCAUCCGCCCUCCAUCCCCCUCCAUGCGCCCCUCCUCCCCCCCCACGUCCUCGCCCUCCUCCAUCACAUCAGCCUCUAGCUUCGCCUCUUCCUCCCUUGCCUCCUCCGCCGCCCCCCCGUUGCUGUCCAAGUUUCCCCGAAGUGCUUCCACUGCUGCCCCUAACACCGCUGUAGGCCCGGUUUACUCCGACCCUACAAUAGCACCAUCCAGUCGCAACAGAUUCCCCAGGCCUCACGCCGAACCUGCCACAUCUACAGGUUCGGCAGGCUCCUCCACGUCGCCGCCACUUGUCAGGUCCGUUACUGCUUCGGGGUCAGGCCCGGGAGGCCUUGGCUCGGCCCAUGGUAAGCCGGCAGGUUCGGGGCGCAAGCCAGUGGACAUAUCUCAGGCUCUGAACAACCUGCUGUCGCUGCUAAGCCCGGAGGAGCAGCAGAAGCUGAAGCAGUCAUGGAGCCUUCUAGACAGCAGCGCAGCAGCAGGGGGAGGAGGUGGGGGAGGGGGAGGUGGCGCAGGGGGCAUGGGCGCAGGGUUGUUGCUCGCGGGGGAGGGAGGGGAGGGGGUGCAUAAGCAGCUGAGCGCGCAGCAGGAGCAGCAGCAGCAGCAGAUGCGGCUGCAGCAGGUGAAGCAGCAGCUGCUGCAGCAGAGGGGCGGGCAGGUGGGGGGCAUGGGGGGGAGGGGAGCUGGCGCAGGGGGAAGGGCAGGGGGAAGGGGAGGCGGAAGGGGGCACAGGCGGCAGCGGACAGAGGGUGGGCUGGUUCUGGGCGGUUUCGGUGGGGAUCUGGGGUUGGGGGAGACGGGGAUUGAGGGGGGGAAAGAGUGGGCGGAGAGGGGGGUGGAUGUGAGGGAGGGUGGGGGAGGGAGAGGGGUGGGGGCGGCAGGGAGAGGAGGGAGAGGGGGAAGAGGGGGGCGAGGGUCACUGGAUGACUGGGAUGGGGGGGUGGGGCGGACAGGGGCAGGUGAUGUGAAGGGAUUGCAAGUCCUGGGACCGGAAGGGACGGCUGGAGCAGCAGCAGCAAGAGGAGCAGCAGGGGGACGAGGAGGGGGAGGACGGGGGGCAGCAGGCGGGAGGCUAGGAGCAGUACGGGCGGGGGGAAGAGGGGGGGUGGGAGGGGAAGGGAGGGCAGGGAGGGGGCGGCACCAGCGCACGCGGUCAGACUUUGUGAUUGGCGGGGUGGAUAUGAGCCUUGACCUGGGCGCGGGGUUGGGGUUGGGGUUGGGGGCGGGAGUGAGCAGUGCAGGGCGUGCUAGCAUGGAUGGACCUGGGCAGGCCAGAGGGGCAGGCAGAGAGCACAGCGGCGCAAGAGAGGGCGCAGGGCGGGAGGGGGUGGGGAGGGCGCAAGCAGCAGGUGGGUUGGGUGCGGUGGGGAGGAGUGGGGGCGGCAAGGGGGAAGGUGAGGAGCGGAAUGGGCGACUGCUGCGGAGCCGGUCGGGUGCUGCUGGGCUGCUGGAGGCGCAUGGGGAUGGGGAGAGGAGCGAGAGGAGUGAGAGUGGCGAGCAUGAGAGGCGCGGGAGGGGGGGAGAGGAGGACAGGAGUGUGUCAGUGGGGCGGCGCAGGGAGGUGGGGUGGGCAGACCUUGAUCAGGAGGUGCAAGGGGGAAUGGGGGACGCGAGAGGCGGGGGGGAGGCGAGAGGCAUGGGGGAGGCGAGAGGCAUGGGGGAGAGAGGCAUGGGGGAGAGAGGCAUGGAGGAGAGAGGCAUGGGGGAGAGAGGCAUGGGGGAGAGGGAGACACUGUUGCGAGCAAGGUCGUCCCGGGAAGGUGGAGCGCGCGGGCUGCUGCUGGGGGAUCUGGAAGGGGGUGCAGGGGAGGAGCGCACAGGCGGGGCAGCAGCAGCAGCAGGUGCAGCAGGUGGGGCAGGGACGGGGACGGUGGGUGGGGGGAGGGCGCGGGGGGAGCUGACUCGAUCCCGGUCUCAGAAGGAGGGGGGUUCCCGAGGGGUCAUGUUUGCUGAUACGGUGGAAGAUUCGCGGAAGGAGCAGGCGAGUGAGGGAGUGAGAAGGCGACUGUCUGAUCCACCGCGCGACCAUCACAGUCAAGGUCAAGCGAGUCAACUGAGUCAAGCGAGUCAAGCGAGUCAAGCAAGUCAAUACAGUCAAGGCAGUCAAGAGAGCCAAGCAAGGCGGCAUGUGAGAGAGGCAAGCGAGGACAUGGGGGACGAUGUGGUGGACGCCAGGCCCCUCGUGCACGUCCCCGCCCCCCUGCUGCCGCCCUCCCCCCGCCCGUCCCUGCCCAGUCAAGCCAGUCAAGGCAGUCAAGGGACGCAGCCAGGGCAGCAGCAGCAGCAGGGUGAGGGGGGGUGGGAGCCGAGGCAGCAGGGGGUGCAGCAGAGGGCGCAGCAGGGGGUGCAGCAGCAGGGGGGGCGUGGGGGGAGGAAUGGGAGGGAAGAUUCAAUGGAUCUGGAUGACGACGUUGUGAAUGCCGUGCCGCUGGCGCCUCUAGACAGGGCCACUGCUGUUGUGGAUGAGGAGGAGGAGGAGGAGGGAGGUGAGUCGGUGAGUGAGAAGGGCAGCCCGGGGGUGAUUACGGGGAGGAGUGGCGAGGGGGAGGAGCAGGAGGGGCGGCAGCAGCAGGGGCAGGUGCAGCAGCAGUCAGGGGGAGCAGAGUUGGUGCAUUCGCCACAGGUGAUAUCGCCGCGACUACCAGCAGCGGCAGGGGGGGCAGGGUUGGGGGCGAUGGGCCUUGUAGCUGCAGCAGCACGGCGGCAGCAGCAUGUGAACCCGUGGCAGCAGACCCGCGAGAUGGAGGACAUUCUAAUGCCCUCCCGCGACCUCUCUCCCGCCCGCCCCUCCUCCUCCUCCACUGCUGCUGGUGCCGGUGCUGCCGGCGGUGCGGGCAGGGGCAAGGGCGGCAAGGCAGGCAGCAGCAGCAGCAGCAGCAGCAGCGCGGCAGUGCUGCGGUCGACGUCGGUGAGAGAAACCUCCUCCACCCGCCCGGGCUUCUCUGUUGAACUGCCCUCGCACCCCCACCACCCACACCACCACCACCCCGUGCACAACCACGUGGGAGCAGCAGCAGCCGCCGCAGCGGCAGACAGGGACGGGCAGGUGAGUUCCCGAGGGAGCUCACGGCCGGACACACCUGCGUCGCGCCCCGACACACCGUCGUCCCGCCCCGCCACACCCUCGUCCCCGGGGUUCAUUAUGACGCCCCGGGGGGGGCUGCGCCUGUCACGGCGCCUCAUGGGCGUGGAGGGCGCAGAGGACCUUAUGAGGGCUGCUCUCGCCCGCCUGCAGCACCACUCGCACGCCGCUCCCUCAGGUGCCCCCUCAGGUGCUUUUCCAGGUGCUGUUGUGUCACCGAGGCGUGGGGCGGUCGCAGUGGUAGCAGGUGCAGUGGGAGGGAGGGAUGGGGAGGGGGAGGUGGCUGUGUACGGCAGCUGGGCGGGAGGAGGACUGGCUGAGAAUGCUGCCGACUCGCUACAGUCCCUUGCCGCCCAGGUCUCUGCCGGCCGGUUGCCGGCCAGGCCAGGAUCCAGUGGAGGGAACCGACCGGUCACUGUAGCUCCAGCUACAGUGGCCCCUGCCGCCCGGCCAUCCUCUCGCCCUAUGGGGAUGCGGCCGGCAGCUUUGGAUCUUCCUGCCGGCCGGCCAGGGUCACCAUUGGCCAGCGGAGCAACAGCAACAGCAACAGCAGGGGGGGCAGGAGCAGCAGCAGGCGGCCCGCAUGGCUCUCAUCAUCUCCCAUCUGACUCUGUGAGCCCUCCCCUCUCCAGCAGCCUCUCUCCUGCUGGCCUCAGCUCCCCCGAAUCCGCCCUCUCCAGCCCGCCCCUGGCCGAGGUGGCAGUGUGGGCGCCGGGGGAAGGGAGUGUGGGUGGGGAGAGAAUGGGGUCUGGUGGGGGUGCUGUGGGCGGGCAAGGAGAGGGGCUGUCGUUCUGGGGGCAUGGGAAUGACGAGACCAGCAGUUACCACAACCACUAUCCGCAGCAACAUCAGCAGGAUGAGCAUCCGCACCAGCACCAGCAACAAUGGCAACAACAAAGUCGGCAGCACCAGCAGCAGCAAGAGCAGCAGGAGCAGCAGCUGCAGGAGGGGAGAUUGGAGUCGGGUCAAGGCCCAUGGCUGGGAGCAGCAGCGAGUGAAGCAGAGAGGGGGGCAGGAGGGGGAGCAGGCGCAGGAGGGGAGGUGUGUGGGAGCCCAGAGGGGUCGGUGGGGGUGUGCUCGCUGGUGGACGUGUGCUCGCCCGUGUACAGUGCAGACGAGGGCAGCGUUGUCCUGGGCGGCGGCGGGCGGCGGUUGUCACGGCAUUCCAGCCGGGCGUCUAUAGGGUCGCCUGAGGCUGGGGCGGGCGGGGGGAGAGGGGGAAAGCGGGGCGCAUGGGGCGUGGGGCGGAUUUUGGAGGGCGGGGAGGUGGGGGUGAGUGGGGGAGGGGAAGGAGGGGCGGAGGGGAAGCGGGCAAGGGCGAAAGUGGGGGAGAGAAAAGGGGAGGGGGAGGAGGGUGAGGAGGGGGAAGGAGAGGCGCAUGGAAGAGGCAGUCAGGAAGCCGAUGCCUUUGAGUUUGACAUGGACGAUGCUGACGUGGCUGCAGCCCGGGAUGGCCCGGCUGGCGCUGACGUGGCACGGGACGGCCGGCCCUCGACCAAUGGGGCACUGCCAGGGGGGAUGGGUGGGGACAUGGGGAGCAGCAGCAUGGGCAUGGAUGGUCACAUGCAUGGGGCCAUGCAUGGUGAUGGCUCCUCACACAUGAUGAUGAAUGGCAUGCCCAUGCCCCCACCUAAUGGUGCCCCACAAUUUCCCGGGCAGGUCUUCCCCCCCGGGAUGAUCCCAGACAUGAACGGGCAGCAGCAGCUCAUUCCCGGGCAGAUGUUUCCAGACCCCUCUCAGCCCUUCCCCCAAGGAGACCAGCAAUUUCCCUUUCUUGGGCAGCCCUUCCCUCUGCCCGGAUACCCAUUCCCUCUCCCCGGUCAAUCCAUGCCGGAAGGCAUGCAGGGGCAGCUUCCUCCCGGGCAGUUCCCCGGGCAACCUCCCCAAAUCCCCGGCUUCCCUGCCGGGUUUCCGGGCGGCAUGCUGCCGGGGCAGCUGGGCGGCAUGAUGCCGCCCGAGAUGCUCCCGGGGCUACAGUGCCCGCGGUUCAUACUGCGCCGCCCGUAUCGCAACAUCGAGCGCGAGUACAUGCUGCAGGAGAGGGCGCCCCUGGGCACGGGGCAGUUUGGCAUCAUCCGCAGCUGUGUGAAGCUCAAGACCGGGGAGGUGCUGGCGUGUAAGAGCAUCAGCAAGAGCACCUUCCAGUACGCGGACGAUGCGGAGGCGGUGGGCAUGGAGGUGGCGGUGAUGGAGAUGCUGAACGGCCACCCGCACAUCAUACGCAUACGCGAUGCCUUUGAGGACUCCCGGGACGUGCACAUAGUGAUGGAGAUGUGCACGGGCGGUGACCUGCACGACCGAGUGAAGACGCACGGGCCGUACAGCGAGGAGGGCGCGGCUGCCGUGCUGCGCGGGCUGGUGGAGGCGCUGCUGUGCUGCCACGGGAAGGGCAUCAUGCACCGCGACGUCAAGCCCGAGAACGUGCUCAUCUGUGACACGCAGGACGACACAAGGGUCAAGCUGAUCGACUUUGGAGUCGCCACGUUCAUCGAGCCAGAGGUCAUCCCUCAUAGCUCAUCACUCUCUGUGGCUGCUGAGACAGCACACGGGUCUCUGUGUUGCCAUGUGUUCCCAGUCAUCCAUCCAUCCCGGCAUUGUCCUCCCACCCCCCUGCAUGCACGCGUCCUGCGUGGAGUUGAUGCGUCCUGCAUGGAGAAUGUGGGCACGCCCAUGUGCAUCGCCCCCGCCUCUGUGCUGCCGUUCACCCCGAAUCCAUCCAUCCAUGUUUCCCCCACAUACUCUGUCCUGCCCCCUGCCCCUGCCAGACGCGUCCUGCAUGGAGUUGAUGCGUCCUGCAUGGAGUUCGUGGGCACACCCAUGUACAUCGCCCCGGAGGUCAUCACCGGCGCGCACGGCCCCGAGGCCGACAUCUGGUCGGCGGGCGUCGUCUUAUACAUCCUGCUGUGCGGCAUGCCGCCCUUCUGGGCGUCCACCAAUGAGGCCAUCUUCCAGGCCAUCAAGGAGAGUGAGGUGUCCUUCUCCUCGCCGCGCUGGCAGACCAUAUCGGAGAGCGCCAAGAACCUUGUAAAGAGGAUGCUUACAAAGGAUCCCAAGAUGCGCAUCCUGGGUGCUCAAGUGCUCGAGCACCCGUGGGUGAAAUACAUGACUGAUAGGGAGGAGCCGUGA